GGACACUGCAGACAUACUCUUGGGGUACUGUGUACAGCGUUGAGAGGGAACUCCCACGUCACCCUGCGCAAGCCAUCCAACCAGUCUCAUCACAUCAGCAGCUUCGUACGCCGCGAGGCAGACGCCAGCACCCUCGCGGGGAGCUCUCCGACCGCUUCUCCGGAGCUACAAUCACCGACCCAUGCUCGUUCGGAGCCGGCGGCGAUCCCUAUCAUGGACCCUCCUUAACCCCUGGCUGGACAGGAAAGAACCUUUGGCUCCCCCCAGCAACCGACACCGUCGCCUGCAACGCGGCAUGGCCCAAGGCGAGACGACAAGAUGGCAGUGGCGAAUCCCGUUGGGUCAGGCUGAACAUCGUGACAAGGCGGCGUCUGGAAGUGCAACGUCUGUUCCUUCUCAGCCUGUCAAUUCCAGGGACUCGAUUCCAUGCCAAGCGUCCUGGGAAGCGACAGUUCCAGGCCACAUGACGAAAGGAUGUCAUCGGCUCAAUGCCCAAAGCGACGGCUAUCUUUCUUCUCGCCCGUAAGCUGAGGCUCGCUGCGGAGAACCGGCCUCGUGCCCAGGGGCGUCCAUGAAUUCUCGCGCGCCUAUCAUCGGCAGCGUCCUUGUCAAUGGACAUGGAGCUAGGUAAGCUCUUCGGCCGUAAUCAAGGGACUUUUGGGGUGCAACUGGCCAUGCCCGGCACGAGGUCGCUUAAAAGCCGUACCAGAGCCAAGCAAGCUACGGUCUGUCGGCAGACGCAGCCCGGCGCCAUGGCUUGUUCCCUGAAAUUGGCCGACGCCACGGACUUAAACGACAUGCCACCUCCCUCGCACCAACGCUGCGUAACAUUGCAGGAGCGGGUAUCGUCCGGGUGAAUAUGGGUAUCAUGGGAAUGCGGGGUCGUGAGAUAGCCGUCGCCUCCAUCCCAUCGUUCGCCAGACGCGCUACAAGAAUGUAACGCGGGGAUGCUCGACUAUGUGGAGCGCCAGCACACUGCUGAGCCGUGAAGGACCGCUCGUGGGGGUCGCCAGUGCGACCAUGGUUGUCGUGUAAGUGCACCAUCCCAUCCCGGCAACGAGGUUCGUCCUGCUUUAAGCGGACGAUCCCCAGGGGCUUUGCGUAUCGGCAUGCAGUGUCUCUGCGUCUGCGUGGUGAACAGUCAUCUCUCGGCACGCGUUUAUGAUGAAGAACCCUUUCAACACGGGCUCUGAGCCCGUCUCGGACAAGUACAGCGAUGAGAAGUCGCCCUCUCCGGAUAUCGAGCGUAUCGAAGCCGCACGCGCCGAGCUGGAAGAGAUCCGCAAGGCGCAUCAGUGGGAUCCGAAUCUGCCCAAGGACAAGCUUGAUAUUGUCAAUGCAGCUAUCGAACAUGGCGAUCCAAAGGAGCUGCUUCAAGCCGACGCCCUCUUCACCGAAGACUCACCUUAUGAAGAGGUCCGGGCCGCCGUGCGCAAUACGGACGGUGAGGAGGUGGCCAACACCGUGAGGGCCUGGACACUUGGCAUGUUUUUCGUCACCAUAGGCAGCGGGCUCAACAUGUUUCUCAGCAUGAGGAGCCCGGCCAUCAACUUUCCCGCCAUUGUUGUCCAGCUGCUGGUCUACCCUAUUGGGUGCGCUUGGGCUAAGCUGCUCCCGACCAGAGUCUUCAACACGUUCGGUCUACGCUGGACCCUGAACCCGGGCCCUUUCACCAUCAAGGAACAUGUCGUCGUUACGCUCAUGGCCAACGUGUGCAUUGGCUACGCCUAUAGCACCGACGCCCUGCUCGCCCUGCAGGGCAAGCCGUUCUACAAUCUCAACCUGGGAUGGGGCUUCUCUCUCCUCUUCACCCUGAGCUCACAGCUCAUCGGCAUCUCCCUCGCUGGCAUCUUCCGCCGCUUUCUCGUCUGGCCUGCCGCCAUGAUGUGGCCCAACCAAUUCGCCAACACGUCCCUGUUUUAUGCGCUGCACGAUAAGAGCAAGAGCGAUGGCGUGCACUCUAAUGGCUGGCGCAUCAGCCGCUAUCGCUGGUUCGGCCUCGUCGCCAUGGCCAUGUUCUGCUACUACUGGAUUCCCGGCGUCUUGUUUCAAGGGCUGUCUGUCUUUGCCUUUAUCACAUGGAUCAAACCCAACAACGUUGUGGUCAAUCAGCUGUUUGGUGGCGUGACUGGUCUCUCGCUCAUUCCCAUCACGUUUGACUGGACAUAUGUGACUGCCUAUCUCGGCGAUCCUCUACUCGCCCCGACACAUUCGCACGUCAACACCUUGGUCGGCCUGUUCCUGUUUGUCAUCAUUACCACCAUUGGCAUCACAUACAGCGGCGCCCUGUUCGCCGACUAUCUGCCUCUGGUCACGGCUCAGACCUAUGAUAACACUCAAAACUACUAUAAUGUCAGUCGCAUCCUCGGUCCCGGUUACACCUUUGACGAGGCCAAGUACAAGUCGUAUUCGCCUUUAUUCCUGGCUCCUACGUUUGCCCUCAACUACGGGCUCUCUUUUGCCGCGCUCACGUCUGCCAUUGUCCACGUCGGGCUGUAUCAUGGCAAAGAGGUGUGGUAUCGUUUCAGGGCCGCCCACAACCAAGAGCCCGACGUGCACAUGAAGUUGAUGAAGAAGUACACGCACGCCCCAGACUGGUGGUACGCUGUUCUGUUCGUCUUGUCCGUUGCGCUUGGCCUUGCCACCGCCGAGGGCUUCGAGUCGCAAUUGCCCUGGUGGGCCUUUUUCGUGUCCAUUAUCAUCGCCAUGGUUUUUGUCGUCCCCACCACGAUGAUCCUUGCCGUGUCCAACAUCCUGCUGAGCCUCAACGUCAUAUCGCCCUUUCUCGCGGGCUUCAUCAUCCCCGGCCGGCCGAUUGGCGUCAUGAUGUUCAAGGUGUUUAGUACCAUCACGCUGGGCCAGGCACAGACCUAUAGCGGCAACUUGAAGCUCGCACACUACAUGAAGGUGCCGCCACGCGUCACUUUCAUCUGCCAGGUCGUGGCCACGAUAUGGGCCGUGUUCGUCCAGAUUUCCGUCAUGAACUGGACUCUGGGCAACAUCGACGGCGUGUGCGACAAUAAGCAGACCAGCCACUUCACCUGCCCGAACGGCCGCGCAUUCUUCUCGUCGAGCAUCGUAUGGGGCGUCAUCGGUCCUCGGCGCAUGUUUGGCGCGGGCAGCAUGUACGCCCAAUUCAACUGGUUCUGGCUGAUCGGGGCGUCGAUGCCGAUCAUUCUGUACGUGCUCACGAAGCGCCUCAAAAUCAGCUUCUUCGGCCACUUCCAGGCUCCCAUCAUGCUCGGCGCCAUGGCGUGGCUCCCGCCAGCGACGCCGCUCAGUUUCUCGUCGUGGGCGAUUUUUGGGCUCAUCUUCAAUCGCUGGAUACGGCGCAAGUGGCAUGGCUGGUGGUCGACUUACAACUAUGUGACGGCCGCGGCGUUGGAUGCCGGGCUGGUCCUCAGCACCAUCAUCAUCUUCUUUGCAAUUACAUUCCCGGGCGUCAAAGCUCCGCAGUGGUGGGGGAACGUGACAGUCUUUGAGACGCUGGACGCGACGUAUGCUGCGGUUGUCAAGGCGGUGCCGGAGAAUGGGACGUUUGGGCCUGCCACCUGGUGAUGAGGGUGGGAUUGGCCGGCUUUGAUGAGUCUAAUGAAUUUUAUGAAUCUUAUGAAUCUAGUUGCUCUUUUGCGCCAUCCUAGCC